AUGGAUACGGAAGACAUUGAGUUAAGUGAAGAAGAGGAAGAAAUAACUGCUGAAACCGUUUUAAAAACCCUUCAAAUAGCCUGGCAAAAUGAAAGAUUAGCUCCGGAAAUUCUACCUCACCGUAACGACAUGGUCGAAUGUAUGCUGGGACAAAUACAACACAUGGAACGCAAUAUUAAUAAACUCCCCAAGACUGAUCUUCGUGCUUCCAUUCAUCAAAUGGAACUAAACCGAAUUAAAUACAUAAUAUGCAAUUAUUUAAAAACUAGGUUAGAUAAAAUAGAAAAAUACUGUAUAUCAAUAGUCAAUGAUGAGAAACAGAGGAUUGAAAGCGGGAGUAAUUACUUAACAGUCUCGGAAUUCAGAUAUGCUCAAGAAUAUUUGUUAAAUAUGGAAAAUCAUUUAAAGAGUACAGUAUUAAACCAUGUUCCAGGAAAUAUGCAAUCUUUUGAAAUGAAUAAAAUGGCUAUUUAUCCAAACUUGCAAUCACAUAUAUUUUUAAAAGCAAAUGAUACCAUAAAUGGUAUUAUUUUAGAAGACUUGUUGGGUGAUCAUGAUGAAGAAAUAGAUUUGGAAGAGGGUUCACAACACAUUCUUCAAUACAAGCCCGUAGCAGAACUGGUGAAAAAUGGUAAAGUUCAAUUAGUUUGA